GUCAUGGAGAUAACUGCGGGCCUGGCGUCGGUUGGAGGGGUUGUUUCCAUGGAGAUCCCGCCCCGGGGUGAGCUCGCAGCGGUGCAGGAGGACGAGGAAGAGCGGCUUCAUCACUCCGGACAGCUCCGGCGCCGCAGCCAGCUUUCUGGCAAAGCUAACUUUUACAUGCUUAUCGUGAUUGGAGAGAUCGCGACAGAGCACCAGCUUCAGAACGUCAGACAGCACAUAGAGCGAGGUAUCCACUCCUGGGAUAUCAGUCUAACAGAAUGUGACCUGGACCAACAGCUGCAGCUUUUCAUAACCAGACAUUCCGCCCAGUUCUCUGCAGAGGUCAGAGGACAAAGGACUCUGCGCCACAAAAGUGAUGUUCUUCAGACAGUUGUAUUAGUGAAUCCAUCACAAAAUACUGUUAGCUCUGAGAUCCAUUAUCUAGUUUCUGACCCAGCUGUGCACAAGCUUCUUGUCCUGAGUGGGCAAAGCUCUGACCAAGGUGACCUGGUUCUCCAAACUGGAGUCUUUAGUCAUCAAAAUUUCUCACAUGUGCUUGCUGAUCCUGGGCUCAGUAAUCUGCUGGUAAAUGCUGGCCCUGGACAGCGGCCCUCGCUGACUGUGUCUUGCCGUGGUGAGGCAGGUUGGAGCUCUCUAAAGCAACAACAACAUAUUAGGGAGCUGCUGAAUUAUAGGCUGAAUCCUGAAUCCAUACUCCCUAAGAUGGAGGGGGUCAGUGAGUUCACAGAAUACAUAUCUGAGACCGUGGAUGUGCCGUCCCCAUUUGACCUUCUCGAGCCUCCGACCUCUGGAGGAUUCCUAAAGCUCUCAAAGCCUUGCUGCUAUAUCUUUCCUGGUGGAAAGGGGGAUUCUGCUCUUUUCGCUGUCAACGGUUUUAACAUUCUGAUUGACGGUGGCUCUGAAAGGAGGUCAUGCUUUUGGAAACUUGUCAGACAUUUAGAUCGUAUUGAUUCUGUCCUUCUCACCCAUAUUGGUGCUGAUAAUCUUCCUGGGAUAAAUGGCCUCCUUCAGAGGAAGGUUGCAGAGCAGGAGGAGGAGCAGUCUCAAGGUUCAAACUCCUACAGUGACUGGAUGAAGAACUUGAUCUCACCAGAGAUUGGAGUCAUAUUCUUCAAUGUACCAGAGAAGCUUCGCACCUCUGAGUCGAAUUUGAAAGUCAAACGAAGUAUUGAGGAAGCCUCUCUUACGUUACAAUACCUCAACAAGCUGGGAAUUAAACCUGAGCCUCUUUUUCGAGUGGUUAGUAACACCAUUGAGCCAAUCACUCUUUUUCACAAGAUGGGUGUGGGCAGGUUAGAUAUGUUUGUCCUUAACCCUGUGAAGGAUAGUAAGGAAAUGCAUUUCCUUAUGCAGAAGUGGGCAGGUAACAGCAAGGCCAAAACAGGGAUAGUGCUUUCCAAUGGAAAAGAAGGAGAAAUAUCUGUACCUUAUUUGACAUCUAUCACUGCUCUUGUGGUAUGGCUCCCUGCCAACCCCACAGAGAAAAUCAUCAGGGUUUUGUUUCCUGGCAAUGCACCACAGAACAAAAUCCUUGAAGGACUUGAAAAGUUAAAACACCUUGACUUCUUGAGGUAUCCAGUAGCUACACAAAAAGACAUAUCUUCUGGGGUCUCACCAUUAACUGUGAAGCAAACCAAACUAAAGCAAAGAACAGACAGCAAAGAGAGUCUUAAAUCAUCUCCUAAGACUCACACACCAGCUAAACCUUCUAAGAAAGAAAACGAUGAACAUGAGAAUUUAUCCAUCAUUGAAACUAAGAGUGACUCUGUCAAGGAGAAUAAGAUUGAAAAAAAGGAAGAAAAGAAACACACCAAAGCACUGAAACCGAAAGCAGAGCUGACAGAAAAGAAAAAGUUAUUGAAGGAGAAAUUACUGAAAAAACACCCAAAGGAAAGGGUGUCCAAGAUGGAUGAAAAGAAAGAUAAAGAAAAGAGGGAGGUUAAGAAAGAAAAACAUGAGAUAAAAAAAGACGAUGGUUUGAAAAAAGAUGAAAAAAAGGUUAAAUCCAAGGACACUUUAAAACCUGAACUAAGAAAAAUAACUAAACCUGACCUGAAACCUUUCACACCUGAGGUCAGGAAGACACUCCACAAAGCCAAAACCCAAGGGAAACCCAAAACAAUGAAGAGAAAACCUACAACUUCCAAGGUGGAGCAUGCAGAGAUUGCAGUAGAACCAGCUCCUGAGAAGCCUGAGCUUGAGACACAGAAGAAUGGGACAAGACAAGCCAUUUCUGCUCUGUCUACUUCAGAAGAUCUAACAAAGGAAUUUGAUGAAUUAAAACCCACUAAACUUAAAGAUCACCCUGAAGCCCCAAAAAGUGACCCUAACAUCUUAGAAUUACUAGCUGAAAGAGACACUGAAAGUUCAAAUGUUGCAGCGGAGUAUAGUGAACAAGAUAAUGUUACCCAAACUGCAACAAAUAUUGUGGAGCAGAGCCGUACAGAGAAAGAGUUAGAAGACAUGGGAAUAGGAGAUGAAGAGGGUGAAGGGGCCACAAAGGACACCAAAGACUUGGAAGGAAUGGAUAGAAAGCAUGAAGUUGAGGAAAUGGAGAAACAGAAAGAGAGGGAGGAUAGAAAGAAUGAAGCUGAAGACGAGCAGUUUGAAGUAGUAGAUGUGAUUGAGAAAGCUGAGCUAGAGGAAGCAGAGGAUUUGGAUGCCAUUGCAGAUGAAGAAAUUAAAGAUUUCUCUGCUGAGAAUGUCAAGUAUGUGGACGUCAAAGAAGAAGAGGAUGCGUACUUGUCAAAUGUUGGAGGUGUCACGGCUGGAAUUACCUCUACAGCCCAAGGAGCUGCAGCAGCAGAGAACCUAUCAUACAUCCAGGAUGAAACAAUCCCAGGUUACUCAGAGACUGAGCAGACCAUCUCAGAUGAGGAGAUCCAUGAAGAAGCGGAGGACAGGAUACCACACCUCCAAUAUGAGAUGGGUAGCUAUGAUGUCUCAGUCCCAGACCAACCAGGCUCCUUUGAUGCCAUCCAUGGAAUGAGAGAAAUGCAAGCAGUUGCGGCAGGCAAUGGAACAGUUGAAGGAUUGAUAGAUGCACAGGAGCCAGUUAUUUCUAUCUACACCAGCAUACUUGCAGCUCCACUGGCUGAAGAGGAACAUGUUUCUUCAGCAACAUCUAUAACGGAGUAUGACAAGAUGUCCUCUUUACCCACUUCUGUUGCAGAGGAUCAGUCUGUGGCAUCAGUCACAGCACCUCAGACUGAAGAUACUGGAAAGAGCUCACAGGUUUUUGACACUGUAAACAGUGUACAACCUGUUACCCUGACUGAAGGCACCCAAGGAAAGGAGUACCUGCAUUCAGCUGGAACCAUCUCACCAACAUCAUCCCUAGAGGAGGACAAGUGCUUCAAAUCAUCUCCUUCUGAAGAAUGCCCUCCACUUCCCUCAGAAGGCAAAACAGAGGGAAUUGAGAUGGCUGCUCAUUAUGAUGACGAUGAGGAGGAUGAGUAUGAAGAUCAAACACCAAAUAUUGACAUUCCACUUGGAAAGUUACAAGAAGGAUAUGCCUCACCUGAAAAACUUGAAAAAGAGAAGGAAAUGGACAAACCAAAAAUGUCUGUGCCUUUAAUCCAAGAUACUUCACCUGACAAAAAAGUCUUACCUCCUGAGAAGGAGAAGGGAUCAGUAUCACAAACAAAACUCACUUCCUCAUCACACACUGUUUUUAAGCCUUCAGAUUCUGAAUCUAUUGUUUUUCCAGAAGCGGAAGACAGGUGCAUUAGCCCUGAUGACAGCACUGUAAAAAUGGCUUCUCCCACACAUUCUGGGCCACAUAGCCCAUCUCACUCUCCCCUCAGAAUGUCACCUUUGGAAGGGAAGGAUAAAUUGUUUCUUAAAGACGUUAACCAAGAACAAGACAAAAGUCAAUUUAAAGAAGAAAAACAACAACCUGAUAUUUUAGAUAAGAAGGAAAUAUCUCAAGAAGUGGAGGAAGAAAAGAACAGGCCUCAGAAAGCAGACUUUCCUACAUCUGAACAUGUUGAUGCCUUCUCAAUUGAAACAGAAAGUCUAGAAAGUCUAGCAAAGUUGCCAUCAAAAGAAAUAAGUGACACAGAGGUAAUGCCUCAUCCAAAAGUUGAAACCAACUUUCAACCAACCAAAGGUGAAGAGGAAUUAAAAGAGAGCAGUACGGCCAUAAUCCUGGAGGAUGAUAAUGAAGUUGAUGAAACCCAUGAAGUAAAAUCUUCCAAUGAAAAGGAAGCAAAAAUAGACAAGGAGAAAGAGAAGUUAGAUGUUGAUAAAGAGGAUGUUGAGAAAAAGCACAAGGAGAAAGAUCAGUCACAAACUUCUUUGCCACACACAGAUGAAUCAACAGCUGCUACACCUUUAGAAGCUAAAGAAAAGCAUAUCGAGUUUACAAAACUAGAACAUACAAUAUCAGAACCAGAAAAAUCAGCAUUGCCUGCUACAGAAGAUUUUGAGAUGAAAAAUAUUAAAGUGGAAGAGUCCCAAGAUAAGAGUUCUCUGUCAGUUCUGGAAAGGUCAGAGAUAAAGAAAGAGGAGAAACAGGUAGAGGAAAUUCAAUUAGACAAAGUUGAAAAAUCAGAACAGGACUCAAAAGAGAAAGAUCUGACUGAUUCAUCAAGUCAAUCCUUAGACAUACGCUCAGACACCAAAGCAGAAACAUCAACAUACCAUGAUUUAGCUGAAGAACACAAGGGGACACAAAAAGACAUAAUAGAGACAGAUAUUGCAACUGAAUUGGAAAAAACUUCAGAGCAGAAAUCAGAAAUAGUUGAAAUUCAGCCUGAACAGGUAGUUUCAGAGAAAAUGUAUUCAUCUGUCUGUGGAAUAGACCAGUUUAAAGAAGGAGCAGAUGGCUUCAAAUCUCAAGUACAUCAGUUAACUGAAAAAACAUAUCUUACCUUAAAAGAUGAAGAAAAAAUAGAAACUAAAAUUGAAACUGCACUGACAUCUGAGAAAAUGAUUUCAGCUGCCAAAUAUCCUGAAGGAUCUAGAGAUAAAAACAUAGAGGUCAUAACAUCUCAAACACAACAGCAAAUGUCAGUGGAAGACCCACACUCAAAAUCAGAUGCUCGAUGCAUAGAUAUGCAUGUAGAUGACAGCCAGACCAUUACAGAGAAAAUGGAUUUGGCUGCUAAAGAUGAUGAUGUAUCUAAAGAGAAGAAAGUUCAAGAAACCCCAGGAGAGACAGAAAUUACUAGUAAACAAGAUGAAGAAUUGAGCAAGAAGCUUUUGGAAGAAACCAAAUCACAUUUAGAAAAAGCAGAUUAUGAAUUGAAAUAUGUUGAAGUAGACAAGCCUCAAAUUUCACAGCCCAUUGUUUCCCAGGGCACAUUUAAUGUGCAUCACCCUAGCCAAGACACAGAAAUACAAAUGUUGAUUUCAGAUCAAAAAGAUUUUCCACAAAAAUCAGACCAUGGAUCAAACGACGAACAAGCAGACUUGAGCCAAGUUCAAAUGUUGCUGUGUGUAUCAGAGAAAAUAGUUUCAUCUACUAAAGAGGAUAAAGACUGGCAAGACAAAGAUGUAGAGGAGAAAAAAGUAGCAACAGAUAGUACAAAACUACAUGACAAACCUGAUGAAGAAUCCACAGAACAUCAGAUUUAUGAAAAAACUGAAUCUGUCUCUAAAUCUGAUUACAAAUCUAUGGUGCAGAGUCAACCUCUGGAAAUAACAUCACAGAAAGGAGAAUUACAAACAAAAGAGGAUGAAAAAAGUAAAGACAUACAUGUCAAAUCUGAACAACCAGUUAUGUCUGAAGACAUAUCCUCAAUAUCGUAUGAAUCAAAUGAUAAGUGUGUGGAGUACAAUCAACUUCAAAUCUCUCAAGCAAUAUCCGAGAAAACAGACACUGCUGCUAAGCAGCAUCAACAGUUUGAAGAAAAACACACUGAAGAGGUUCUAACUAAAACAACUCAACCAUGCACCUCAACAGAUGUGGCUUCUGACACAACACAAGAACUUAAGGCGAUGACUGUGAGAGAAGUGGAGACAGAACCUAUUACAUCCAAAUCAGAUAAAUCUGUGGAUUCAAAAUCAGAACUCGUGUCGUUAGAUGAAGUAAUGAAAAGAAAUGUGGCAUUAUCAGAACAAAUUCUUCCCAUUGAACAAGAUAAACCCAUUGAUUCAAAAAUUAGCACAGAGUGUAAGGAGGAAUUAAUGAAAGAAGAUACAUCUAAAUUGGUGUCAGAUAUGGCCCAUAUAGACCAAGGAGAUAAAAAGAAACCUUCAGAGCAAUCUUUAGGCUUUGAGACCUUAGAUCUGAUCUGUAAAGAAAAAGUAGAACUGAAAGAAGUACACCAAGAAGUUACCAAGCAACACACAACAUUAGAUGAAACAGACACAUUAGCAUCAACAGUAGAGCAAACAGGCAUUGGAUUUAAAGUAAAUUUGGAUUAUAAAGAAAAAUUCCUUGAGGAGAUUGCAAAAGAAGACUCCCUGACUGUGGAAAACACCAAGGGCAGUAUAGAAACAAAAUUUGAUUCUACAUUUCCAACCAAAUUUUCAGAUGAAGAUGAAAGCACAGAGGAAGAUGAAGGAGAUGCUGUUUGUGUAGGAGGUGCAGGUUCAAGACCAUUAUCAGUAGAACCUUGGAAGUCAGAGGAAGCAAAGACAAGCAGCUCUGGACAACUUUUAACUUCUGAGACAUCUAUGAAAAAAGAGGAAAUUGUGGCACAUUCAGAAGAGGAAGAAUUGACUCGAGAUUCAGGUGGAAUACCAGGUAAACAAGAGAAAGAGUGUACGGUGGAUACCACAUCACUAAAACCUGCUACUGUAGAUAUAUGUAUUAAAUCUGUCACAGAGAUUUCAAGUCAAUUCACUCUAACUGAGAGCAAAGCAGUAAGCAUCACACUGUCCAGCUCUACCAGUCAGGAAAGUGUUAAGGAUACCCAACAAGAAACGUUGCCUUCUUCAAAGGAGGCUCCAAAACCUGAGAAGGAGGCUGAGAGAGAAAGGGAAGGAGAACGAGAGGUUGCCUCUCCAGGUUUGGAAUCACAUUUAGAUUUUCAAAAGUCUAACAUUGUUAAGAAAUGUACUGAGAAGGCUGACAGUGAGAAAAUUAAAUGUGAAAAGGAUGACAGGAUGACUUAUGAAGUGGAAAAAGAGAGCUACGAAGCUUCUAAAUAUGAGCCAUAUGAAAAGCCCAUCUUAAAAGACACAGAGAAAGAAAGAGAGGAAGAGGACCAGUAUCCUACUCUGGAUAUAGAUUUUGAUGACAAUAAAAAAGCAAGUCAGUCCCCUUUGCUUGGGGCUGCCUGCCCAGUAGAGGAAAAUAGUGAUGAUGAGCCAGUUUCAUUCAGCAAGGUUGAUUAUCAAACUUCAUUUACCGAAACUAAAACAAGUAUUCACAGCAGCCACUGUGGCUAUUCAGAGCAAGAUAAUAAAGAGCGAUACCAAGAAGAAGAGUUGUGUAGAGAAGAGAGACAAGAUACUCUUUAUGUGGACAAUAGUUUUACGUAUGUUGAAACUUAUGACAGCAGGGCCACGUCUGCAGCUGGUUCGAGCUCAUUUGCCUCUAGUGAUUUACAAGGCAUAUCAGAGAAAUUAGAGAGGGAAGAGAGAGAAAAAGAGAAAGAAACUAACAGAGAGGACACACAUUCUGCUUGUCAAGGAGAAAAGGAAACAAUAAAUGCUAAAUUGUCAGACAUAGAACCUUGUUCAUCUGCUUCCAGUCUUUCACAACCUGAUAAGCCAGAGAAAGGGCAUAUAAUAGCUGAGACCUUGGCAACACCUUGCUCAGAUGACUUGGACAAAGCAAAAACGUAUUUUAAAAUUGAGGCCAAUGUGACUGAGACCUCUACUCAGCAAGGGCUUUCCACACCAUCACAGACUCAGUCACGUAUUCAAAUCCAAACAACAUCAUCAACAUUUGACUAUGAAGAGAACAGAACAGAGAGUGAAAUCUCAAAAAGUGAAGAUAACAAAGAUAAACAUAAAUUUGAUUCAGCUGGAAGCAAAGAGGACGUAUUAUGUUCUGAUCGUUACUCACCGCCUGAGAAGGACAUAUUUCCUGCCAGGUCAUCACCUGAGGAAACAGGCCCCCGUGUUGCCUCUCCUGGUUUUUCUGAGAAAUCAAUGAAUGACGAUGACAAUGUUCUUGCACUUGAGUGCACUAGCAGAACAGAUUAUUUUACCUGCAAGUCGUUGAUUGUGAGUGGGGAGACAGAAGAAUGCAUUGUUAGAAGCCAGAACAUUUUUGCCGAAGAAGAGGAUGAUUAUGAGGAUGAGGAAGAAGAGGAAGAUGCAAGCGAUGUGGAUAUUGAAAAGGGUGCAAGAGAGAUGUCUGAGAAAGAGUCCAAAGCAUCAUUUGAUAUCACUACUACAUCUAAACCACCAGAUAAAAAACAAGAAAAGACAAAGGUCUGUGAAUUGGAAUCUGCCCAAACAAAAGAAGAGACCAAAGGGUCAUUAGCUUCUGAAGCAACUGCAGCAGAUCUACAGAUGGGCACAGCAAUGGCUGAGGGACUCACAACUGCGCCUUCAUCAGUACAUGGAGAUCAGCAUGAUGCAUACAGCAAGGAUGGUGAACAGUCAAAGAAACAAGACACCAGUUCAGCCCAACCUGACCUAACCAAGCCCAGUGAUGAUAAAUAUGAUGCACAGGAAACUUCAGAUAAAAAGCUUGAAGGUGCCGAAUCCCAAGCCAGUGCUCAGGCAACCAUGUCUGAUGCAACUUACUCUUUGUCCUCCUCCUCCUUCAGCUGCUCUUCUUCAACGUCUGCCUCAUAUUCAACUGGUCAACACUUUGGAGAAGGGCUAGAGCCCCCAAUGACUAUUACCACCUCCCAACUUAGAUCAGAUGGAGACAGUAUAUCAUAUGAAUACUCAUCACUGAAAGAGGAAGAAUCCCCCAUUAUGGAUUUACCAUAUUUAAGUUCUGUGGUACAUUCCAAAGAUGAAUACAUGGAAGUCUCUGAUAGAAUGACACCUGCUACAACAACAGCUGAAUCUAUAUCCAGUCUUGCCAGAUUUUCUCCUCUCAGUCCCUUGGAGGAAUCCAAAUCCUUUCUUCAAGAUCAAACAUCAUCAGCAGAGGAAAGGUCAGAGGAGGACAUGUCAAGCAUUAAAUCUGACAGAGACCACCUCUCUGAUCCUAAACAAGUACCUGUAAUAGAAUUACAUUGCUCGAAAGUGUCAGAAUCAGCAGCUUCUGAGCUUGCUCACCCCACAGAGGUAGCAUCUGCUACAUCUCUUACAUUUAAUAUUGAGCCAUGGCAGAAAGCCGGACCUCCAGACAAACAAUUAAUGAAAAAAUCCUUUGAUGAUGAGCCUGAGGAGAACAAUAGUAAUUUUGAUGAAGAGACAUUACCAUGCAGAAUUGAAUGUGACAGAUCUUCAGCUCCUGAUCAAAAAACAAGCACAGCAUCAUUACCAGGGCAGUUUACUGAUGUAAAAACCUCAGCCACAACAUCACAGUCAUUUGAUCUGCAAACCACAGAUGGAACAACAAAAAUGACAAGUUCUCAAAAAGUGCCAGCCACAGCAUGUGGAACACUCAGUACUUGCACCACUAGUGUAGAAAGUAUAAAGCAAGACAGGGCAGAGAAGUCAGAGGAAAUAAAAUACACAACUGAGAAAGCAGAAGAGACAGUAGAAGUGGAAGAAGAAAAAGCAUGCAAGAUGGAUUAUGAGAAGAUAAUAGAUAAGAAAGACAGAGAAGUAAAAGAGGAAACAAAGGAACAAGAACAGAUGAAUCCUGAAUUGAAGGUUGGUGUGAGAUCAGAAAAGGUGGGAGAGAUGCUAGAUGAUGUCAAGAUAGGCAGGUCAGAGCAAAAGAUAGAUAGUGAAGAAAAGGCUAAAAUGGGCUUGGAAGAACCAAAAGAAAAGAAAGAGAAAGAACAGAUGGAAAAGAUGGGAGAAAAGGGAGAAUCUAAAGAUAAAAUGGAAGAGAACAAGGAACACAUAGAAGAAAAGAUUGACAAAGAUAGCAAGAAAUCAGACACAGCAGAGUCCAGCCAUCAAAGUACCUUUGUGUCUGCAAAGCAGCAGGAGGAGGUUGUAUGUCUAAGGGCUCCACCUGGCUAUGGGGACGAUGUUUAUGAAAUCAUGGAUGAGGAAGAUGAAGUUGAGGAGGUAAUUAAGUGUGAUUCGAAAGAACCUCAACCAACUCCACCCUUAUCUCAGCCAUCAGAGAUGCAAGAUUCUUACCCGGAGGUCUCCAAGAAGUCAAAAGAGGGAGUAACUCGACCAUCUGACCUUGACAUGGAGAUCACAUCUUCUCAAUCGCCUUCACUCUUUAAACAUUGCAAAGGAGAUAUCUCUCCAUCCUUCAUAAACCCAAGCCCACAUGGAUUAUCCAGUGAGGAAGGAGUCAGAAGUGAUCAUUCCAUGGAGGAUGAUGGCGAUGAGCAUGAGCAGCACUCUGUCAAGAGGAGAUCUCACAAAGAGCAGCAUCGUCAUCCCCAUAGUCACCAUGAGGAUGGCAAGGAGGGAAUACACAGCCUCCCGAGCUGUACCGAAGUGGGACAUGCUGUUUUUCUAGCAGGGGAAGAAACUCCUCCCACAUCUUUGAGCGAUGUGUCACUUCCAUCUCAGUCUGACUCAGAUGUUCCUCCAGAGACUGAGGAUUGCCCAUCAAUUACAGCAGAAGGAAACCUUGACUCGGAUGAAGAUGCAGAGCAUCUACCAGUGGACAAAAUGUCUGCUGCUGGUGGCAGUGGAGGGAGCCAUCCCUCAUCGUCUCCAAGGAGUCAAGAUCCCCCACCCAUGCCAAUAAAAGACCCUCUUCCUCACCCACCACACCCUGAUGUGUGCAUGGUUGACCCAGAAGCCCUUCUUAAUGCUCAGACCCACACAGAACGACCAGUAAAGAAAGACCUUAAGACCAACAGAGGCUUGAGGAAGAAACUAGGAAAGUCUGCAUCGCCAGCACAUAAAGGAAAUGCAAAAAGCAGGCAUUCGGCCACGCCUGUUAAGCAGACAGCCAAAGACUCCUCACCGCAUGCCCCUUCUCUUAAAAGGAAAGAUUCUGAGACACAAGGAUCCAGGGUAGACAUCUUCAACCCCGGAAGAGGAUUGGUCAAUGGUGUUAAGAGUAAUACAGGCUCCAACCAGAAGUCCAGUGCUGGGACUCCACCUGGACCACCCAUCUACGUUGACCUAGCUUACAUUCCCAAUCACUGCAGCGCUAAAAAUGUUGAUCAAGAGUUCUUCAAGCGGGUGCGUGCAGCAUACUAUGUCGUCAGCGGAAAUGACCCAGGCAGUGGUGAACCCAGCCGUGCAGUUCUGGAUGCACUGCUAGAAGGCAAAGCACAGUGGGGCACUAACCUGCAGGUUACUUUAAUCCCUACACAUGACACAGAGGUAACUCGGGACUGGUAUCAACAGACCCACGAGAAACAGCAGGAUCUGAAUAUAAUGGUCUUGGCCAGCAGCAGCACAGUAGUCAUGCAAGAUGAGUCUUUCCCUGCCUGCAAAAUAGAAUUUUAAACUGGUUUUCUGUUAAGAGCUUUCUUUUUGUUUUUCCUUCAUUUCUAAUCUUUUAGGUUUAGAUGAGUUACUCCACCCACAGCAUUCCAUCAGCUGCAAUUUAUAGUUUGUGUUCUAAUCUUCAAAUGCAACACAAUCCUAGUGCUGUCAUAGGACUUUAUUGUAAGCUUUGGUCCUUAUGUAAUCCAUUGUGCUUUUUUGAUUGCAUCUGUAAGGCUGAAAACUAAAUGUUCACUAGCUAGCUGCUAUGAAAAUACAGUAUAAUGUUCAACAUAGGCUGAAGUUUGACUGAGGAGCUGCAUAGCCAAUUUAAUUUGCUCAUAUUCUUUAACAACUUAAGAGACCAACAUUUUGUCAUCCAAUGCCUGAAUAUGAAGCACAAAAAAAUGCCCUUGGUAAAUCUGAUUCAUGCCCUCCAUCUUUUUUCUCUCUCCCCCCAAUGUUAGCAAAUAUUUCACAGAUAUACAAAGUUGUCUAUGAGAACAUUCUCUUAAUGUACGGUUAAGAGAGACCACUUCUAAGAAUACAGACUCAAAAAAUUUUAAUGGAACUUCCUUGUGAGCUACUAAGGAGGCUGAACAAAGUCUCCCAUAUCACUUUGAGAUCACAUACCAACAAAUACAGAAAAUAAAGAAAUAAUGGUAGACUAAUUUGCUAAUCCAAAGAGUAAUUGUGCCAAAUCUCAAUUAUUUCAAAUUGUGAUUAACAAAAUCUGCAACCAUAAUCAGAUUUUGGCUUAGCAAAGCUCUAAAAUAAUCACAUGACUCAUGCAAAAGAGUAGAGAGUGUUUUUCAGUGACUGGUAUUGUAAUGACUUGACUAAAGCAUGAUGCUCAAUCUAAACUUUGUAGGUACAUUAAUCAAGUGCUCUGUUGUGGGAAUUUGAAGACUGUAUGUAUCCACCUCUUUAAACAGACUAAUAACAAGAACAGCAUGUCUACCAUCUGCACAUUAAUUGAGUAGAUUGCUGUUAGAAUCAGAUGGAAAUUGCAAUUCAUUACCAAUAACACAAUGUUCCUUGCUUAAGUGAGGAUUUUUUUAUGGUAAUUAUUGUAAAAUUUAAAUUUGGCCAUACCCCUUUAGACCAAUAAUGCUAAUCAAUCUGCCUGUUUAAAUGUUUUUGGAUUCAGAUUUGACAUUUGUUGAAUGUUUUGUUAUUGAUAUUAUGUAUUGUUUAUAUAUUUGACCAGAUUUUUGUUUUUAAACUGAGAUUCCCCAGACACAAGCACUUUAGGUUUAUCCUGUUUGAAAAGAAAUGUCUCUUUGGUGAUGGAGAUUGCACUGAUUACUAAUGUAGCAUUGAAGGUGUUUUUGUUGUGGAGACUAAUCAAUAUAAUAGAACAGACAAAAUAGGUUUCAGUGGUUGCUGCGAGAGCAAACAGUGAGGGUUACCCUCAUGUGCCUUUUGUAUGAACCUUAAAAGACAGUAAGUGUUAACCGACAAGGUAAAACAUGAAUACAUUUCAAACAAUAUUACAAAUUAAAUAUAUAUUCAUAUACUUACAACUCAGUGUAUAAUAGUUUAGAAUAAUGGAAUAAUUUAUUAUGUAUUUUCUGGAAUUAGAAAUCCAUUAUAACCUUAUUUCUUUAGGUUUAUGAUAAUAGUUUUAAUUGACUGACAAGUUAGUGCAUUAUAAAAACAGCAGGUGUUUAUAAUGAUAGCAUUGUAUUGCACCAUAUGUGAUUGCACUUUUCUAAAAUGAAAAAGCGAGUUUGGUGGGUAGGUGGCAUGUAAAUAAUUAAGUAAUGUGUUAAUUUUAUUUUUUUUAUUUAACAUUUUGAUCAAACUUAGAGGCUGUCAGAUAAUUGUUUUCUAGUCUAAAAGAGUGAAUGACAGAUGAAAUACUUUAACCUAUAGUACAUUUGAGAACAAAUACAUUCAAAGUAGAGGGAUGUUACAACAUUUUAAGAUGCAUUUUUUGACUUUUUGUUGCUAACAUCCACUAAUUAAUUGGGAUUUCUUUGGAGCCCUAGUAUUAUCUCUUUAAAGAUAGAAAUAUUAUUUUAACCCAACCUAAAGUUAGGCUUAUUUUGUUUAUAAUAUUUGGUUCUACCAUUUACAAAAGGCUAAGAACAUAUCAGCAGUCUUCCAUUGGCUUUAGUAUACUGAAAUAGACUGGAUUAACGGCAAGACAGUGGCUCUACUUUUUUUCAUUGUAAACAGUACCUUAAUCAAGAUUACUGUGUUAUCUUUACAUUUAUCUUAAAGCAAAGCAACAAGGGCCUACUGAUAAAUACAGAGUACUAUUUCCUCUAAAGAAUCCUUGAUAUCAUAUUAUCCAAACCAUUUCAAAACUAGCUCUAAGAAACACUAAAAUGCCUAUAAGGGUUGAAGGGAUUGUUCAUCCAAAAUACAAAUUCUGUCAUUGUUUACUCACUCUCAUUUUUGUUGAGUUUCUUUCUUCAAUGAAACACAAAAGAAGAUUUUAGGCUAAAUGUUAGGGACUCACAUGCUCAGAUACCAUUCACUUUCAUUGGAUCUUUUUCCAUACAAUAAAAGUGAAUGAUGACUGAGGCUUUCUGUCUCUAACCUUAAAGUCCGAUUUAUAUUCUGUGUCGAAUCUAUGGCGUAGGCUACGUGUAGCUAUGGUGGUUAACUCCCCUAAUGCACUAAUUCCCAACAGGGGGUUAAGUGGACCUCCUCAACCAAUUUGAGUGCAUGUCUAGUCUUAUUAAUGUAAAAGUCAGUAUUAUGCAUUGCAAUAUACUUCAUAUUAUUAUUAAUUUUUUAUACAGAUCAAGUUUAGUGGCAGGAUCCCUUACUAACUGUUAACAUAAAGGUUAGCAGUAGUGCUCAAAGACAAAGAAUUUACCGCUAGGGCCUCAAAACUAGUUUAUUGGUUUAAAAUGUUUACAUUAAUUAUAUAGACAUUAAUUAAAACAAAGCACUUGAACCCACUAAUAAUACACACAAAUAAAACCUACAGAGACCCUAAUAAUAAUAUAUAUAUAUAUUUUUUUUAUGAUAGUAGGAUUAUGUUAAAGUGGGCUGACUCGAUGUACUGUAUUUCCUUUGGUGUGGAUAUAUUUCAUAUUUGAAAGCAUGAGCCUUUUAUUUCAAAUACCUGGCCUUAGUAACAAGUACGAUAGGAUCUUGUUUAUUAGCUGUGAUUUCUUUCCACAAAAAUAUUUUUGUGUUAAAGAUGAAUGCACUAACUUUGAAUAAUAUUUUUGAAUGUAAAUGUUGCUUUGCUGGAUGCUGCUUGAACAAAACAAAGAACUAGCAAAAUAUGCACAUGGAACAGUGAACCUCAGAUAAUGGGUCACAGAGAGAACAGUGGUUUGGAAAGAGUGACUCAUGUAAAAAAUGUAACCAUACACUCAUUAUCAGCGGCUGCUGAUUAUAGUACUGAUACAUAACUCUUUCAACAAUAACUAUAAAAAACAUUACAUGUAUAUCAACUUCUACACUGAAAACCGAUUACACUACAAAUUUAUGGUUUACAUCUUUAAUAUGACUUGAAAUGCCAAAAUAAAAGUCAAAACAAAUGACAUAACCUGUACAUAAAUCAAAACAGCUGACAGUCAUUUAUGUGAAACACUUUCUUUAAAGACAAUUCUAUGGUCAUUGUAAUUCUACUUUCCAAAAGGUAAAAAAAAGAAAGAAAAAAAAACAUCUAUUAGUUUACUUUCCUUCUCCGAACACAUCAUUUUAUCAUGUUGAUGGGUUCAUUUGGUCAUACAGUAUGUCAUGCAUAUGUAUCCAUCUUUGCAUGUGAUCUUAAUCAGAAUAACAACAAAACUAUUUUAAGAACAUAUAUUUGAACAAGCUAAUUGUCUUUAUAGGACUGAUAUAUGCAUAUAUUAUCAGGCUUGGCUAUUGGAUAUUUUUUGGUGCUGUAUGAAUCUUAGUUUUCUUCUUAUUUAGUGCAAUAUUCCACAUUUUGUCUUUAAAAGCUCAACGCAAAAGUAGAUUUCUGCUGACUUACUGUAAACAGACCCAUCCUGGUGAUAAUCAAUA